UGGCCCUUGCAGCGGCGCUGGAAAAGGAUCAACUCCGGGAAAAUAAUGCACGGCGGCGUUUAGUGCCGCGUUUGCUUUCCAUUUCCUAGUCUCGAACGAAAAUCCAUCACCGAACGGUUCGAAGAAACUAUGGCACAGCUACUGCGUGGCCGAUCGAGGAUCGAUCCUCGCUUCAAGCACGUACGACCCGUGGUGUACGCAGUAAGCCGCGUGAACUUUUCCGGAUUUACCUCGGGCAACUACCAUGGCGGAGGAGCAGGAGGAGGAGGAAGCACCGGAUCGCAGUACAACUUCCACCGGCAGCAUGAUUUCCUGCGGCCACCGAACACAGGCGGAUGGCAGUACUCACACCAUCAGUACCGCAGCUACGGUAUGCUGAUUGGCCGAGUGCUGCGGGGCGUACUCAAGUUACGGUAUCUGGUGUUGGGUGGUGCAAUCGGUGGCGGUGUAACGUUGAACAAACGGUACGAGGAAUGGAAAGAUGGACUGCCCGACAUGAAAUGGCUCGAGGAAGUCCUGCCCGACAACGAAAAGUGGGCCGGCUUCACGCGAAACCUGUUGGCGGUCAAGGAUGCUGUGAAAGAUUCCAUCGAGAUUGAUCCUCGUUUGAAGCAGCUAAGCGAGAAUAAAAUGAACGAAUGGCGACAGUGGUUCGAUCAACGGUUGGACAACGCGAUCGAAGCCGCCGAAACGCAACAAAACCCUCAAAUCGAAAGUUCUUUCCAGAAUUUGUCAGAAUUCAUUUCCGACUUAUAUGGAGCUACCAAAGAAGAGCUACGAGCCAAGAACACGGUCAACGCGAAGGGACUGGGAGCGGAAGAGAGCCGCAAGCGAGUCGACACACUGCAAGCCCAGGUCGAUUCGCUGCAAACGGAAAUCAUGAACGUGCAGCUGAAGUACCAGCGUGAGGUGGAGAAACUGGAGAAGGAAAACCGCGACCUGCGGCAACAGUACUUGAUCAUGAAGACGAACCGCAAACAGCCGACGAAGAAGCGUAUCAAAAAGUCCCUGAUCGAUAUGUACUCGGAGGUACUGGAUGAGCUGUCCGGGUAUGAUACGAGCUACACGACGGCCGACCAUCUUCCGCGCGUUGUCGUAGUAGGCGAUCAAAGCAGCGGUAAAACCUCGGUACUGGAGUCGAUCGCACAGGCACGCAUCUUUCCCCGUGGCAGUGGCGAGAUGAUGACGCGGGCACCGGUCAAAGUGACGCUGUCCGAAGGUCCGUAUCAUGUGGCACAGUUUCGCGAUUCCGAUCGUGAGUACGAUCUGACGAAGGAGAGUGAUCUGGCCGAAUUGCGGCGCGAUGUGGAAAUCCGCAUGCGCAAUUCGGUGCGCGGUGGCAAAACGGUCAGCAUGGAUGUGAUUUCGAUGACGGUCAAGGGACCGGGGCUGCAGCGAAUGGUGCUGGUCGAUUUGCCCGGCAUCAUCUCGACGCAAACGGUCGACAUGGCACCGGAUACGCGCGAUCAAAUCAAACACAUGACCGAACACUAUAUGAGCAAUCCGAAUGCCAUUAUACUGUGCAUUCAGGAUGGGUCGGUGGAUGCAGAACGUAGCAAUGUGACCGAUCUGGUAUCGCAAUGCGAUCCGCUCGGUAAGCGUACCAUCUUCGUGCUGACCAAGGUGGAUCUGGCCGAGGAUCUGGCGGAUCCGAACCGUAUUCGUAAGAUCCUUUCCGGCAAGCUGUUCCCCAUGAAAGCUCUCGGGUACUUUGCCGUCGUCACGGGUCGUGGUCGAAAGGACGAUAGUAUCGAAACGAUUCGCGAGUAUGAGGAAAAGUUUUUCAAAAACUCCAAACUAUUCCAAAGUGGCGUCACCAUGUCCCACCAAGUCACUACGCGAAACUUGAGCCUGGCCGUGGCUGAUCGCUUCUGGAAGAUGGUUCGCGAGACGAUCGAACAGCAGGCGGACGCGUUUAAGGCUACCCGAUUCAAUCUCGAAACGGAAUGGAAGAACAACUUCCCGAGAUUGCGUGAAUCCGGUCGAGACGAGCUAUUCGAGAAGGCGAAAGGCGAAGUGCUAGACGAGGUAGUGAACUUAUCGCAGGUUUCGGCCAAAAAGUGGGAAGAACUGAUGAACAACAAACUCUGGGAGAAGCUAUCGAGCUAUGUGUUCGAGAAUGUUUACCUACCCGCGGCACAAUCCGGUUCGCAGAAUUCCUUCAACACGAUGGUGGACAUCAAGCUACGGCAGUGGGCCGAGCAGGCACUGCCAGCCAAAUCGGUGGAAGCCGGCUGGGAGGCACUUCAGAAGGAGUUCCAGCACCUGAUGGAGGUUGCACGGCGGACACCGGAUCACGAUGACUUGUACGAUAAUCUGAAGAGUGCCGUCAUCGAUGAAGCCAUCCGGAGACACUCAUGGGAGGACAAAGCGAUCGAUAUGCUGCGCGUGAUACAGCUAAACACACUCGAGGAUCGCAGCGUACACGAUAAGCAGGAGUGGGAUCAGGCGGUACGGUUCUUCGAGACCUCGGUCAAGGAAAAGCUGCUAGCGACGGAGAAAACGAUCGGCGAAAUGUUCGGACCGAGCACGAGCCAAAAGUGGCUCCAGUGGCGCUCGUCGACGGAAGAGCAAACCAAGCGGCGUCAUGUGAAGGGCGAACUGGACAAAAUACUCGAUAGCGAUGCAAAACACUCGCCGACACUGAGCUACGAUGAGUUGACCACGGUGCGGAAGAACUUACAGCGCGGUAACAUCGAGGUGGAGACGGAUUACAUUCGCGAGACAUGGUAUCCCAUCUAUCGACGGCAUUUCUUGAAGCAAGCCUUGAACCGGGCUUACGACUGCCGUAAAGCUUACUAUCUGUACUCGCAGCAGGGCAACGACUGCGAGAUCAACUGUAGCGAUGUGGUUCUGUUCUGGCGUAUCCAGCAGGUCAUCAAGGUGACGGCGAAUGCGCUCCGGCAGCAAGUGAUCAACCGUGAGGCCCGUCGGUUGGAUAAGGAAAUCAAGGAGGUGCUAGACGAGUACGGAGAAGAUGACGAGAAGAAGCAGCAGCUGCUGACUGGCAAGCGUGUUCAGCUGGCUGAGGAACUGAUUCGCGUGCGGCAAAUCCAGGAAAAACUAGAAGAAUUCAUCAAUGCACUGAAUCUGGAAAAAUAAGGUACCCGCUGCGCCGCUGCACUGAACAUCAAACCCCUCCUACGCAUUAUACGAUGAACAGAGCUCUAUUCGCUCGGCUUGGGUAUCGUGUGACACGCUGCUGUAGCUCAGAGUAAUCGCGGAAACAAAGCUCGCCACCUCGCCGUAUGGUCAGCUUGCGUAACGGCAUCGUCAAGUUAAAGCUAUUUAUUUCCUACCGCUCUGUCACCUCACCCAUCAGUCAUCACUUUCAUUGAAACACAUCCUAGCCAACGUAGUGGAACGAGACGAUCCACGAUUGCGCUACAGAGAGUGCAUCGAAUCUGGUCAAAUGUUAAGCCGCAUUCCGUUGCCAUCGUGUGACACUGCGAUGUUAAUCAACUUUAGCCAAAUCGCUUUGCGAAUGCUGGAAAAAUGUUUUCGCACAACAAUCGUGGUAUUUUCCGGAUCGAACCCCCCGGAUCAGCGGCGAAUGAGGAAAUGCCGCCGGCAUAUAUUGUGAUUGGAACACAUUUUCAGAAACAAAAAUGAAAGUCAUUCGUCAUUAACGUACUUUAAAUAAAAUUUAAUUAUCAUCAGUCGAUAAGCUGGAAGCAUGCAUAU